AUGGCUCAGGUCCAAGGGGAUGAACAGCUUGAUGUUUGUGGUCCAGAAGGAGCCCGCCUGAGGCAGGGGAAAGGUUUCCGCUGUAGUCUUCAGAGGAAGCGAGGAGACCACACGGCCAGAGAGAAGGGCUCUCAUUGCAUCCAACUGGCCAGCCUGGCCUUAGGCUUAGAAGCAGGAAAGUUCUGGCACAUCUCUGAUCUGCACCUUGAUCCUGACUACAAGGUAUCUGAAGACCCUCUCCGGGUGUGCCCAUCAGCUGGCUCCCAGCCCGUAUCCAACGCAGGCCCCUGGGGCAACUACCUCUGCGACUCUCCCUGGGCCCUCAUCAACUCCUCCAUCUACGCCAUGAAGCAGAUCCUGCCAGAGCCAGACUUCAUUCUCUGGACUGGGGAUGACACGCCUCACGUGCCCAAUGAGAAGCUGGGAGAGGCGGCUGUGCUGGAAAUUGUGGAACGCUUGACCAAGCUCAUCAGAGUGGUCUUUCCAGAUACUAAAGUCUAUGCUGCUUUGGGAAAUCAUGACUUUCACCCCAAAAACCAGUUGCCAGCAGGGAGCAACAGUAUCUACAAUCAGGUAGCAGAACUGUGGAGACCCUGGCUCAGUAAUGAAUCCAUCACUCUCUUCAAAGAAGGUGCCUUCUAUUCUGAGAAGUUGCCAGGUCCGAGCAGGGCUGGGCGAAUUGUGGUCCUCAACACCAAUUUGUACUAUAGCAACAACGAGCAGACAGCUGGCAUGGCUGACCCUGGCAAGCAGUUCCAGUGGCUAGAAGACGUGCUGACCAAUGCUUCCUGGGCCGGGGAAAUGGUGUACAUUACUGGCCAUGUGCCCCCAGGGUUCUUUGAGAAGGCACGGAACAAGGCAUGGUUCCGGAAGGACUUCAACGAGCGGUACCUAGAGGUGGUUCGGAAGCACCAUCGGGUCAUCGCGGGGCAGUUCUUUGGGCAUCACCACACUGACAGCUUCCGGAUGUUCUAUGAUGACACAGGUGCCCCCAUCAGUGUUAUGUUCCUCACACCUGGAGUCACGCCCUGGAAAACUACGUUACCUGGAGUGGUCGAUGGGGCCAACAAUCCAGGCAUUCGGGUAAUCGAAUAUGACCAAGCUACAUUGAACCUCCAGGACAUGGUUACCUACUUCGUGAACCUGAGCCAGGCGAAUGCGCAGGGAACGCCAAGCUGGCAGCUCGAGUACAGGCUGACUGAGGCCUACGAGGUUCCGGACGCCAGCGCCCGCUGCAUGCACUCGGCCCUGGGCCGCAUCGCCCGCGACCAAGGCGUGUUGCAGCGUUACUACGUCUACAACUCUGUCAGCUACGACGCCCAGAACUGCGGGAAGGCCUGCCGCACCGAGCACGUGUGCGCGCUACGCGAGGUGGCCUUCGACGCGUACGCCACUUGCCUGCGCGCCUCCGGCGCCAUGCCAGUGCCCCAGCUCGCGCUGCUGCUUGCAGCGCUGCUGGGCAUGCGCGCCCUGCUCUUGCCCUGA